CCUGGCACUAACAAGGGUGGCACUAACAAGGUUGGCACUAACAAGGGUGGCACUAACAAGGUUGGCACUAACAAGGUUGGCACUAACAAGGGUGGCACUAACAAGGGUGGCACUAACAAGGGUGGCACUAACAAGGUUGGCACUAACAAGGUUGGCACUAACAAGGUUGGCACUAACAAGGUUGGCACUAACAAGGGUGGCACUAACAAGGGUGGCACUAACAAGGGUGGCACUAACAAGGGUGGCACUAACAAGGGUGGCACUAACAAGGUUGGCACUAACAAGAGCUCUCGGUCACAGAGCUCUCGGCCAGAGCCCUCGGCCACAGAGCGCUCGGCUACAGAGCCCUGGACCACAGAGCCCCUCGACCACAGAGCCCCUCGACCACAGAGCCCUCGGCCACAGAGCCCUGGACAACAGAGCCCUCGGCCACAGAGCCCUCGACCACAGAGCCCUUGGCUACAGAGCCCUGGACCACAGAGCCCCUCGGCCACAGAGCCCUCGGCCACAGAGCCCUGGACCACAGAGCCCUGGACCACAGAGCCCCUCGACCACAGAGCCCUCGACCACAGAGCCCUUGGCUACAGAGCCCUGGACCACAGAGCCCUCGGCCACCCCAACCUCUCCCUAAUAGAAAAACUG